UUUACUCCAUAUUUUCAAGUUUAUUUCACACAUACAUACAAGCUCUACAAAAAUUUGUUCUUUUGGGGAAUGUUAACAUUCCCCAUCAAAUAUACACAUCCAUGAUUUUACAUACAUAUGUAUACGUAUUACGUAACACCACUGGACUACCACUUACGUGGACUACCGUUCUCAGUGAUUAUAGGUUUUGAAAUUUUUGUUGCUGUAAUCGGAAAAAAGCCUAGUUUCCACCAUUGACCAUCUUUUAGAAUUUGAAUAAAAUAAAUCUUGGCCUCAUAAAAAACAAAAACUUAAAACACUUAAUGUAAUGGACAUUAUUCGAAAAAUGGUGUCUUCUAUUGAUAGACAUAAGCUUUAGUUAGAUAGAUUAUUUAAAAAAUUCGAAAAACAUCGAUGCAUCGAUAUUUUCGUCGAUGGUUUUGCCCUCUAAUCGUUAUCUGUUCCGUGAAACGGCCAAAAUAGAAAAAAGUCUAGCCGCCAUAAACACCAGAACACAAUUUGGAAUUUAAUAUACUAAAGUUCUUAUAACAAUUGGGCGCUAAUACAUCUAUACAUUAGGCUGGGCCCGUUGAAAGUGCAACGAGAAGUAAAAUAAAGUUAAAACACUUAAGACCAUCAACAAUUAAGUCGUGAAAUUUGUUUGAAAAGUGCCACAAAUAAACUUUACGAGAAACUUUUCACAAAUUUACAAAAUCCAAGUGUCAUGGAAAGUGACGUGAGCCAGAUGGUUUCAAACACUCAAUGGUCAAUAGAGGAUGAUUCUCUGUUUCAGCCAUGUGGACUGGUCGGGGCACAGGGUGCAGGCAGGUCUGUAUUUAUUACAUGGAACUAUGGUUAUCUACUCAACUUUUGUUUUAAAAAGCCCAAAGGUAACGAAAAAGUUAAAAUGUCUAGAGUUCGGAUUCCACUGCCAUUGUCAGAAGGGUGCUUUCUUCGCAACGUGCACACCUUAAAGUUUAAUACGAUGCUUGUUAUGUCUAAUGGAGACAUUUACUGCUAUGGUGCUUUUCAGACUUUGCAUGCAGUAAGAUGGCUAUAUGGAGUUCGUUGUCUCGCGUUAACGGACUUGGGGUUUAGUGUAAUACGAGAAAAAGAUCACCAAUUGUUUCUGCAGACAUACCUGGAUUUACCUGGGCUUGAAAAGCUUGAGAGCACACUACAAAACUCAUUUGAUAUAACAUACGACAAGAAGAAUAUGUUCGAGAGUGGCUUGAGGUACGAGGAGUACAGUUUGACCUCGGUGCAAAUUUCGGAAAAUGAAAAAAGAUUCAUGAAUAGCCUAUUUGGCAUAAAAUCCGCAACACAAUGCCACAUUUUUAGUAUAGCUGGGCAUGUAUUUUCCUUGUUUUUUAAUUCUGAUGAAGCUCCGAGUAAUGAAGUAUCAUACCAUGUUGAGCUGUUUUGUGUGUACUCCGUUUCAGUAAGGUUUAUUCGCAUCUUACCUCAUCGAAAUCUAUGCUUGAUUUUUCUUAUAAACGGCACCGUGGAUAUGUGGUACAUAUCUACUCUUCUUGAUGUAAAACAGCGACAAAUGUAUCAUACUGGUUCGAAAUGGUUGGACUAUGAUGGUACAAGCAAAAACGGAUCCUUCUAUUACACUAACGGUGAGAAGGUUGUUCGACUGAAAUUUGAGUUCAACAGUCAGCUUGAUAAGUGCACAAUAAAAACCUCAUCCAAAAUAGCGCCAGGAAUUCAAGUUUGCACUUGGUUAGACCACAGUAAACAGUUGGUUUCCUUAAGUCACAACAAUAUUUUCUAUCAUAUUGAUUUUUCAUCUGAAGCUGAGUGUGAAACAGUUAAACUUUCACAUAUUAAUGACUUUACGCUUGACUCUAUUCAAUACGUCCGUCGAAAUAUCUGGACUUUUGAUAGAUUAAAUCGACAGUUAGAGUUUAUUCAGGAAAACAUAAAUACAGAGUACGAAAAACAACACAUAAUAUCAGUUUGCAAAUAUAGUGAAAGAUUACAAAAAAUGUAUAAUAUAUCAGUAGAGUUUAAAUUCCAAAAACCAAUCUGGGAUGAGAAAUUAUGGAUGAAUCCAGUUCCGGAUAAAGAUUUGCACAACAACUAUGUGUAUGCCGUUAUCCACGUGUUAGUGAAUAAAAGUCAGUCACGUCUGCAAUACAAGUAUUGGCAGUUAUGGACUUUUUAUGAAAAUGAAGCUCUUAUAAAUAUUUUGCCUUCAAAAGUACUUUUAGACAAUAGAUAUAAAAUAGUCAUUCCUAUAAGAAAAUCAAAAAAUGAACCCACGCCUUCAUUUCAUAUACAGGUACUGACUUUUAUAGACAUAAAAAACGAAACAGCUGCUUUGGCAGUUCCCAUUUUAAUGAAAAUCGGUCAGAUCAUGGAUAAGUCUCUCAUUAAUGAGAACGGAACUAAUAGUAUCUACACACCGGAACAUUAUCCACAAAACAAACAAAAAGGUGUGUCUAUGAUUCAUCACAAAAUCCGAUUACCUUUUAAAUUGACACUUUCUUCAUUAUUUAAUGUUAAUACAAAAAGAAACGGUAACCCUUUUGACUUGAUAUUUAUGGACAGCUCUUUGCGAUUCAAAAUAUUUCAAAGUGAAAAUAUGCAUGGUACAUUAGAAAGCAUAGACGCUUCGUCCAUUUACUAUUUUAAACAAUAUUUACUUCAAAAUACAUCGAAUCUAGACCACAAAGCAUUAUUAAAAGAUCGUUUAGCUAAUCUGCAAAUAAAGAAAUUCCUGUGUGAAUCUAAGCUUUUUGACAUUUAUAGUCUGGAAGGCGAAUCUACCCUAAAAAUGGCUUUGGAGGACAAGUACAAUGCAGUUAGAAAUAGUAUCUUUUAAGAUGUCCAAUCUUUUAAAAAUAUAUAAUAUAUUACAGCAAACCGGUCGAUACUGGAACAACAUUAA